GGAGUGCAGGCUGAAUGAUCGGAGUGCAAGCUGAAUGAUCAGAGUGCAGGCAGUAAGAUGGCGGCGCGGUGGGGAGCAGGAGAGGAGAUCCUGAGCACCGGCACGAUGGAAUUGUUCACUACAUACAGUCUGAACGAGAGUGAGGUACUGGGAGGUUCUUUAUCCAGCAGUGGCCUCCACAGUCUAAGCCUGAAUAACCUGGACGAGGGAGAGACCCUGGAGUCCUUUCACGGCUGCUUUGACCCGUCCAUUAUCUCCAUCCUGGAAGACUCCUCCACUGUCAGUGAGACUAAAAGCCGCCUGGAUGAGGAAGGCGAAGCUACACUGCUGACUGCUCUCACUGAGAUUCUAGACAAUGUGGACGACGAGAAUUUAUCACCAUUCGAUACUCUCCCUGAUUCAGAGCUCUUCACUUCCAAUAAAGAAAGGGACCGCUCCCCGCUGAGACGACUCCUGAGCCUGGCCAGGUCUCCCCCUGAGCGUGAGGCUCUCAACCUUGAGGACCUGGGGAGACCCAAACCCCUCUCUGCCAGCAGCGCUGUGAAGGUGGAGAAUGGAGCUCCUGACAGACAAGGGGAGUACUUCCUAGAAGGAUUUGGGAAGCUCCGGGCUGAUGGUCCACGUGGGAAAGCAAGGACCGCACCCCGCGGAGCUGCGACUAGGGGCCACUUGGCUGUGGAGACCAUGAACACAGCCCUGCAGAGGAGUGACGGAGAGGAGGAAGAUGGAGAGGCCAGCAGCCCUGCCCAGGGGUCUUCAGAGAGUGAGGGGGACCCCUCCUUGCCUUCUGGAGCACAGCUGGGGAUCCCCUGGACCUUUGAGGCCAGUUCAGAUUGCCUAGUGAGUCCACAGAGCUUCACCAUCGGUGACCUGGUCAAGUACACGCAUCCCUGCUACCUGACUGUGUGCCUGGAGUCAGGAGACGGAGAUACCGAGCAAAUAAUUGCCAACGGAGGGCUGGUGCUGGAGAUCUUGGAGGGAGAGGAGCAGGGAGGUCUCAUGGCUGGCUUUCCAGAGCUUGGAAUUCUGUUGGCGGAUUCAGGAGACGGUUUGGCAGAAUCAAUGGAACAAUCGGCUCAUCCAGAAGAGGAAUGUCGGAGCUCAGAGGCUCCUGGGAUAGAGGCUCAGCCCAAGCAGGACACGCAGCCAGAUGUUGGCGCUGGCAUCGAAGUUGAAGGGAAGGUUGCCGAGGAAAGAGCAAAGGGCCAGAGCCCAGAAAGACGAGCAUCCGGUCGGAGAAAGAAACGGAAGAGCAGAGCAGGUCCAGGGGGAGGGGUUCGAGAGGACAAACCAAAGAGCCGCUCGAGAGAGGAGGUGGGGGAGGAGGAAGAGGUCAUCGAUGUUUGCCAGCCUCCUCCUACACAAUCUGUUACUUCUGGUGCCGCGGCCCUCAAAGAAUCACAUUUUUUGGCUCGCCAACUUGAGAGUUCCAGACUGCAGUCCACCCAGGAAAGCUGUGCCCAGACCCGGUGCCGAGCUAAAACCAGAGAGAUGGCAUUAAAAGCCAACACUGAGCCAGUGGCAGAAAAGCCAAAGAGCACCAAGAAAAGUUGUUCUGUUUCACAGAGGCUGACUGGGGUCAAAACCCACAGACAGCGAGGGUUGCCUGCAGAGCUACAGCCAAGCCCAGGGCUUGUGGCAGCACCUAGCUCUACUGUGACCAACGCAGUAGUGCAGGAGCCCGAGGGUCCAGGUCCAGCUACUGCCCCACAGGGGGAAAGCAGCCCCCUGGAGUCUGAGGCCCCCCUGACAGGAUGCUCCUCAAUCCAGGAACAGAAGGAUCCUAAACCGAGAAUGCUCAGCCUGGAGCAGUACCGGCUCCUCCGACAGAAGAAGAAGCCCACGCCUGUGGAGAAGAUCCAGGACCAGAGAAUGAAGUGGCCCACCCUGCCAGACCUCCCCAGGGAGCUGCCACCCAUCCCCUGCUUACCAGAGCCUGUUCCAACCGCCCAGAGAGAAGCAGACCGGCCGCCCACAAAGACAGGGUCUGCCUGGCCUCCAAUGGGGCCCGGAGCUCCACCUACACCGGAGGCCCUGCUGGUCUCGCCGGGUAUGACAGUGGCCCUGAGCAGGCCUGCCACCCACUUGACAAAACAUGCCGUGCCAGGCUGCAGACCUUCCCCUGUAGAUCCUCGGAGCUACCGUCCCCGAGUCGGGACAGCCCUGCCUGUUGCACCUGCCGCUGCUUUGAAAGCUCCUUGUGUGCCUAGUGUUGCUGCUGCCAGUGAUGCUUUACACAAUCCCACUACAGCCAAUGGCCCUAGCCUGUUGUUUCAUGCCACCCAGAACUCCACGUCGCCUCCUAUUGAACAGGAUGUGCAUCGUGAUGGGAGGACACCACUACAACCAAAUGCUGCCUCCGUAGCGUCUUUCAAUAAACCACGAAUGACGUCUGACAGCCAGUCAAUCGCGAGUCCCCAGCAGCCCCCUAAAGCAGUGACACUUCAGAACAGCAUUCGAGUUCACUGCGAACCAGCGACCCAGACCGCUGCGGGCGUCCAUCAGCCACGACCCAGACCCAAUUUACCGAAGGCUCCAGUUCAGCAACCUGAGAGUGGCGUCCCUGCAGCCAGAGCACCUGGGAACACUGUGGGACACAAGCAGCUGGGAUCCAGGGUUCCCACGCCAUGCCCCCCAGCCCAGGGAUCCAGGGUUCCCACGCCAUGCCCCCCAGCCCAGGGAUCCAGGGUUCCCACGCCAUGCCCCCCAGCCCAGGGAUCCAGGGUUCCCACGCCAUGCCCCCCAGCCCAGAGGAAAGCUGCCAGUGUGGAUUCUGCUUCACUGAGAUCAGCUAUAGCCCAGCCACUUAAUGCACUGGUGAAGAGUCCCACUGAAGAUCUCAUUCAAGCCUUUACCAGUGAAAUAGGUAUUCAGGCCUGUGACCUGACAAGCUUGCUGGAACAGUUUGAAGAGACUCAAGCCAAAGAGCAGCACUGUGUGCCGGAGGUCUCUGGUAGAGCAGCAGCUGUAGGAAACUCGGGCUCUGAGCCCCAGGUGGACAGGAAGGUGUUGGACCGUGUGCGCGGACCGGACCUGGCCAGCACUGCCGGUCUGACUCCUCCUGCCACUCCUCCUCAUCACAUGUGGAAGCCCCUGGCCCCUGUUUCCCUGCUGAGGAAACCCAAACUGCCGGAGGGACCCAAGCUGUCCCCUGCCAAGGCCAUCCAGAUCAUUGAGCCGAAGCCUCUGCCCCACGGCAAGACUCGCACCAAGCUCCCCAGCAGCCUGGCUCCCAGCUUGCCUAGUGAGAACCCUUCCUUCGCAGAUCAUGAUUACUGCCUGCCUGGGACGGAGCCCGCCUGCGUGGAGAAGGGAAGGCGCUGGAAUGUGAAGCAGCAAAGCAGCAUUACCAUCAAGCCUAUAGAGCAGCGUGCUCCUGCAGGCUGCCCUAGGAAAUGUGCCGUCCAGCCGCUAGAUCACAGGACUCUGUCAGGCUCAGUCCUGCUGUCCCCGGAUUCCUCCCCCUGCAGGCUGGAGGCUGACGCUGCACCCCGGGACAGCACAGAGUUCUCAAGCAGCAGGCGCUUUCGUUACUACAGCCCAGAGAAGAGAGAGAGGGGAAGGGCGAGGAGAAGAUCCCACACGCGCUCGUCCAGCUCCUCAGAGUCUGAUUCGUCUGGGUCCAGGUCCAGCUCCCCACUGGCCAAGAGACGGAGAAGGUACAGAUCCCGGCGUUCCCGGAGCAGUUCCAGCUCCCCCUCGCACUCCAGGCAGUGGAGGAGAGCGCACUCGUACUGCAGCUCCCACUCUGGGUCCUGGAGCCGCUCCAGCUCUUCCGCAUGCUCCCGCUCUGGGUCCUGGAGCCGCUCCCCCUCUCCCUGCAGCAGCAGCAGCAGCAGCAGCAGCAGGAGCAGCAGGAGGAGGAGGAGGGACAGCCGCCGCAGACCCGGCUAUGACUGCCACAGAUAUAAUUCAAGAGACCGCGUCCACUGGCAGGAGUUGAGGAAUCAGCGCAAGGAGAAGGCCAUUGAGGAGAGGCGUGUUGUCUACGUGGGAAAGAUCCGCAGUGGCAUGACGAGGAAGGAGCUGAGGGAGCGCUUCUCUGUGUAUGGGGAGAUUGAGGAGUGCGCACUGCACUUCAGACAGGAGGGUGAUAAUUACGGAUUUGUUACGUACCGACACACUGAGGACGCGUUUGCUGCUAUUGAAAACGGGAAGAAACUCCGCCAGCCGGACGAGCUGCCCUUUGACCUCUGCUUCGGGGGGCGCCGGCAGUUCUGCAAAAUGAGCUACGCAGAUCUGGAUUCCAAUCGUGACUCUGAAUCCACUCCUGCAAGAAGCAAGUUUGAUGGACUAGACUUCGACACUUUACUGAAACAGGCACAGAACAGUUUGCGGAGGUAACGCCAACAUUGAGGCCAUCGAGUGCGGAGAGAGAAUUACCUCAGAGCUGCUGACUGGCUCAUACCUCCAGCUGCUCUAUUUUUUCUUUUUACAAGCCGACUCCUUCUCUGGAAGUGUAGUUUUGUAAAACUAAUAUAAAAAUAAAUGGAAUGUGGUCAAAUGUA